AAGCAGUCUUCUGCUGAUGGGAUUCCUACUCUUAAUCACUUAAUCUCAUUUGGCCCAUUGGUAUUGGCUCCUUUCCGUCUUUUGUUAUUUCUGUGGUUGGAAGUCACAUGUAUCACUGAUCAGAUAUAUCAGUGUUUACAGAAUUGACUUGCUAUAACUUUUAAUUUAAGUUUUUUUUUUGUUAGUCUUUAUCUUGUCUUGCAUUCCUCCACCUCGCAUCAAACGCACAGUCAAGUUAGCAGGUGUUAACCAAAAAACAUACCGGAAAUUGAACCUUUAAAAAAAUUAUUUAGUUUUUCAUUUUUUUCAUUUUUAAGUGCUGUUUCGUGAGAUUGACAAAUAAUGUUAAGAGAGUGUAACAUAAAAUGUUAUGUUAGGACACAAUAUUAGUGAUUGCACAUUAAUAGCUAAAUGACUGCCAUUCUUUAUAAUUAGUGGAAUUACCUUUGAACCUUAAAGUAUAAUUUGAUGCUUUUCUUUUUGUGUUUUAGGGAAUAUUUUGAAUGCAGAACUUCUACUUAAAUACCAGCCACUGGUCACAACUAAUGCUAUUUUACAGCUGUUAUUCUUUUAGUACUGUUCGCAUGCUCUAUAUGUUACAGUUGUCUGUAGUUUUCACAAAUGGUGAAAGAAAUAAAAACGCUUGCUCUUAAAAGUCAUCAACCACCAUCUUAUAUCUGAAAAAGCCAAUAAAUAAACCUGAUCAUCAUUGCAUCGUUUUUAUUUUUGAGUUUUAUUUUGAAAAAUGACCCCCGGAGUAAGUAUCUCUAGCUUGACUGUUCAGACCUGAAAGGAGCGAUUUGGUUGCGCAUCAGCGGCAGUCUGCCGCUCCUCUCUCUCUCUCUCUCUCUCUCUCUCUCUCUCUCUCUCUCUCUAAAAGCAGCGGGGUUUUCUUUAUAUAGAGAAUUUUUUAUAUAGAGACUUAUAUAGAGACUUUUUAUCUCAUAUGCUGAUUCCUCGGGACUCGACGAGGAGCCUUUUUUUUUAAUUGCACCGCCAGCAGCCUCGGGGCAACUUGCCCUGAGCAUCCCGCGGCUGGAGACCUGAGCAGUGGGGUCUGGAGGAGGGGAAGAUGCCCGAUGGAGCGCUCCAUCGCCGCCAGUGCGCCACUUCAGGGCAUCCCGAGCGCCGGAUAACGACGAGAUGCCGAGGUUCAGCGUCAGGUGGACGGCGGCGGUGGUGCUGAUCGCCCUGGUCGUGGGCGCUUUCUUUUUCUGCGAGUACCUGAUCUACUUCCCGACCAUCCUCAAGUGCGCCUGGCCGAAUACCGGCCAUGCGCGGGGGGGAGAGGGCAUCGACGGCCGGCCCGCGGACUCGGCGGUCCGCGCCAUGGUGCUGUCGGACACCCACCUCCUCGGAGCCGUCGGGGGACACUGGUUCGACAAGCUGAGGAGGGAAUGGCAGAUGGAGAGGGCUUUCCAGACCGCUCUAUGGCUGCUCAAGCCCGAAAUAGUGUUCAUUCUCGGGGACAUCUUCGACGAAGGCAAGUGGAGCUCGCCGAAGCACUGGGAGGACGACGUGCGGCGCUUCCACAGGAUGUUCAGACACUCCCCCGACACCGAACUGGUUGUACUGGUCGGCAACCAUGACAUCGGCUUCCAUUACGAGAUGGACUGGUUCAAGCUGCAGCGCUUCGAGAAGGUCUUCAACGCUUCCUCCACCAGGAUCGUCACCAAGAAGGGAGUCAACUUUCUGCUGGUGAACAGCGUGGCCCUCCACGGCGACGGGUGCCCCAUCUGCCAGUCGGUGGAGAAGGAGCUGAUCAAACUCUCCAGGGACCUCAACUGUUCUCUUCAGAGCUCCCAGUCGGGCGGCGGGGUGACGGACAGCUGUGAGGCCACGCGCGUCUACCCUCCCUCCCCCCCCAUCAUGCUACAGCACUACCCUCUGUUCAGAGUGAGCGACGCCAGCUGCACGGGCCUGGACGCCGCGCCGCCGGAAGAGCGACACCUGCUGUUCAGAGAGAAGUACGACGUGUUGUCUAAGGAGGCCUCGCAGAGGCUGCUGCAGUGGUUUAAGCCCCGCCUCAUCCUGAGUGGACACACCCACAGCGGAUGCGAGGUUCUCCAUGACAACAAGUACCCUGAGAUCAGCGUGCCGUCCUUCAGCUGGAGGAACAGGAACAACCCGAGCUUCAUCCUGGCGUCGGUGUCACCCGGCGGCUUCGCUCUGUCCAAAUGUUUCCUGCCGGAGGAGAGCACGGUGAUCGGCGUGUACUGCUCGGCCGGGGCCUGCAUGCUGCUGCUCUUCUUAGCCCACUGUCUGUGGAUGAAAGGCCUGCUGCAGUGUCUCAGCCUGUGCUUGCUGGGGAAGCACAAGUCCAUGUGAACCACGGUCACCCAGAGUGCACCAGGGCAGGCCCUGCGAGAGGACGGAGGCGCGCUGGACCUCGGUGCAAUGCAAGACGGGAGGAUUUGGGAGACUUUGGGAGACUUUUUCUCACUUCAGCACAAAGUUUUGUGACACCCUGGGUUCGUUCUUCCAACGUUUUUACGGUACAGUGAAGGAGCGCGUGUUUUAAUAAUACGAUAUGAUAAUGUGGUUAUAGCCUCCGGGGACAAGACAGAUGUUGAGCCUACUUGUUGUUACAAAUCAUCAGCCGUGUUUUAUCUUCCUUUGGAGCGGCAGACGGAUGCGGCUCACAAAAACAAAGCUUUUCAGGCACACAGACACACAUCAAGACAAUUCAGCACAUAUUUAAACUGUGAUCUGAUGAAAACCCGCCGUUCCUCUCACCUCCCUUUGUUUCUGUUGUUGAUGUCUGAUGUUUUUAUGAUGCAUAUGUGAAUAUAUUUAUUGAUCACUUUCCGUGCCAAAUGUUUGUCAGGGUCAGUUGUUGAAACGUUUCUAAUGAACUGUAAAUAAUAAAUAAGAAUCUAAAGCUCUGCUUUUCAAAGAGUUUUGGCUCCAGCUAGAGAAGGAUGAUCAAUCAUCAGCAGCCAUGUCACGCAAUGGAUGAUUAUAAAAUAUCACGUAAUGUUCUCUACACUGUCCUCUUUUCAAAUCCAGAAAUUUGGCAUCAGAGACGUAAACGACUGUAAAAUAAAUGUGAUUGAAACACAAAUGAGCGUUUUUUUGCAAACACAAAAUCAUGUCAAAUAAAAAGUUGUAAAAUA